AUGGUUCUUGAUGCAUCAAGAGUACAAGAGACAAGUACAAAACACGGUACAACACCGACAAGUACCAGAAGAAACAAGGCUGAGCGCCGAGCAAGGUCAGUCCCUCAAGUAGGUUUACUAGAGUCCACCGCGCGAACCUUCGUCGUGGACGGCGCCAGUACAGAGUACGCGACCCAGGUGGUGGGUAAAACCCUGGAUAACGGUAUCUAUACCCGAAUCCUAGCGACCUCGAGUCGCGUCUUCUACGACAAAGAUAGCCUAGCCCCGGAGUCGGCGAGUCCCUACCUAGUGUAUCCAUCGAGAGUGGAGGACAAGUGGAAGGUACUCAACGGUGUUGUUGAUGAGACACCACUAGUUCGAGAGGAGAUCACCUCCUUCACCUCCUCCUCCUCCUCCUCCUCCUCGUCAUCGUCGGGUCCCCAGAGCGAUUCGUCCGACCGGGAGAACGACAUCUUCGAGGUCCGCCGAGAGUUCAACGACCACCAGAAGUUCAAGCCAGCCAAGCCCAGAGUCAACCUGCCGACGUACACCGUCAAGCAGGAAUUGACGGGUGCACAGGGCCCAAUCGGCGGUGGUUACGACCACGAGGAGACAGAGGCCAGAAGCUACAGACCUAGAGUACCAAAGAUCUUCAAGCCCCAGGCGAUCCGCCUGAGUCAGAAGAAAGAGCCGACGAAGCCGUUGGCAACCGUCACCUACCAUGGGUUCGCGGACUUUACUACGACCGUUGGAGACACCGUCAUCGUGUUCUCUCCGUCAACGGCGCCACCCGCCGUUGGCCGAGCCGCCACGACGAUUAAGGGGGACGCUACGCUGAGACCCGAUGAUGGAAAUGCGAUCUCAAUUCAACCGACGAAUGUUCUUCGCGGACAGGACAAGACGAGUGAUCCUCUUUUGGAAGCCAUCAAUGGUCGGAGUUCGAGGAGAGAGAGCCUGAGACCUAGUGUGCAACAGCAGGAGGAGGAAAGCUCUUCUACGAAGCAGACGCCCAUCCUCCUGGUGCCGACUGAGGAGAUGAAGCCGACAGGACUUCUCAAAGUCGUUGACUCGACGACAGCUGUUGACGGCACCACAACUCACUACAAGAGCAGCAUCUUCGGGACAUACAUCGGGACGAAUUACGCGCAGAUCAUUCAUACGUCCUCGAACGUGUAUUUCUUCCCUGAUGAAGCUACUGCGAUGGCUGACGACUAUGUUACCAGCAGACCGGAGGAGACAGAGGCUACGGAGGACAGUCUGACAACGUUCGUGACGGUAGAGUCGACAACUCCGUUGUCCGAGACGGACGCGGAGACUGCUGCGCCGGAAGAGAAUGAGCUCACGACUCCGGUAGAAGACGUCCCAGAGGAAGUCAAUUCCAUCACGGUUAUGAAGGUUGAGACGACAACGCCGAUGGAUCCAGAAAUCCCUAAUGAUAUCGUCGACCCUCAGGGCAGAAGCAUCAAAGGAAACACGAGGAAUCGUCUGGGAGAGGAGGGCAAGCCCCAGCAGUUCUCCACGAAGCUGCUUCCCUCGGAAGUUUACAAAACGUUCACGUACUACACAACAUUCUUCAUCCCAGACGAGACGAACGCGGAUUUGACGACGACAUCUGUCAGAUCUCGAGAGGUCGUCUCGUCGGAGGUGACUUAUCUGACGGAGUUGGUUCCCAGCGCAGUUGCUUCUAGUUCGGCCAGCGUCAGCCCAAGCAGUAUUACGACUUUGCCGCCCCCAUCAGCCGAUUCAAAGAUCGCCGGUGUCAAGGGGGAAGAGGACGAGCCGACAACCAAGCGCGAAGAGAUUGAGCUGAUCUUCAAGACGCUGUACACCACUUACACUUAUCUGACGACUUUCUUCCAAGAGAGUACUUCGAGCGUUUCAAGUCGAGAGGUCGUCGAGACGAAUGUAGUUACCCAGACAAUCGGCCCUGAUGGAAUUUCCGGGGAUGUGGUUGGCCUUUUCAACGACGACGUCAUCAUAACACCCACCAAAGUCCAGGAGAUCCCCAAGACGACAGCAGUAUCUGACUUCAUCGAGAAGUCUGAAGAUAUUCUGACGACGACUGAGGAUAUCACCACAGAGCCAUCGUUCACAACUCCGAGAGAUGAGGAGGACGUGGUUGUGGACGUAAUGUCUCAGCUGGAGCCCAGCCCUGUAUCCACUUUGGUCCCAGACACCUUGAAGGCAGAAACCAAGACCUACUUCACGACCUACACGUACUUUACAACGAUCUUCGUGGACGAUGAGACGGAGAUCGAAACGAGAACCGAAGUCUUCAGUAACAUAGUGACCGAGCCCUUCGAGCCGACAGCUGUGGCGCCCCCUCCGGAAGAAACGGAGACCCCAACCCCGACGACUCCGAAGAGUCAGCCAGCUCCUCCGCCCGAGAUCCUCGCGUACCUCGAAGCGCUGAAGAAGCAGAAGUCCCAAGAAGAAGCCUUGAAGGUCGCCAAGAAGGUCCAGGAAUCCGUCCACCCUCCGACAACGACUCCAGCUCCAGAAGAACCCACGACGAUUCCCAUCACCACUGAAGUCCCUGACGACGUCACCGAGGCAUCGUUCGAGGACGGUGAAGUUCUGGGCUCGAUGAUCACCGACGUCGUGUCUUCCUCGAGCUCCAGCGACGGUCCACUCCUGGAGCCGUCGAUGGACAAGCGAAAUGUGGGAUCGAUGUUCGAGGAUCAGGAGCUCUCCGAGUCGAACCAUCACGACGUCGAGCCCGCCCCAACCCUCCUCCUGCGGACGAGUUACACAACGUUCACCUACUUCACCACGAUGUACAAGGGAGAUGCCAGUAACGUAGUGUCGCGGCUCCAGACAGUGACUAACAUCGUCACCGAGACGAUCCGGCCCACGCCGGCUAUGGAAAUGGUGGAGCCGACAAGCACCCUCCCAGUGACGUAUUUCACAACUUUCACCUACUGGACGACGUUCUACAAGGGUGGCGACACCAUCACCACGAGCCGAGAGGAGACUGUCAGCAACAUCGUGACACCCGGAGUGUCGCCAACACCAACAGUUCAGCUGGGCGUCAUCAUGACUUACAGACCGGACACCGACGAGGAAGAUCUGGCGACCGAGAAAGCGAUCACUGAUAACGAAGUGAUGCAGCAUGAUAAAGCAACUGCCCAAAAGGGCGUCGUGUACGCCGUCACUGAACCCGAAGGGACCAAGGCCGACGUAGUGGAGAGUUCUACCAUCAGCCCAGACCCUACGACGUACUACACGACCUUCACAUACUUCACGACAUCAUACAUCGGUAACGAGACAGUCCUUAACUCGAGGCUGGAGACGAUCACGAGUGUUGCGUAUCCCGGGGAAGUGUUGAAGGCCACAGGAAGAGCGAUUGGAUCACCGGUGUCGAAGGUCCAGGAGCUGGAGACCGAGGAGAAGGCGAGAACCGUGAAGAUAGCGCCGACUAAGAUCGCUGAGGAACCCAAGACUGGUCUGAUUUCAACGAUUAGAUCCAGCGCGGUUGACGACGGCACUACGACGCACUACCUGACGGACGUUUAUGGAACGUACAUUGACGGCUUGUACGCGCAGGUGGUGCAGAGCACAACCAGCCUGGAGUCCCACUCAUCUCCAACGGUCGUGGCUCCUGUGUUUACGACACCAUCGUUGACAGCAACUCCGGCUCUUCCAACGGGAGUACUGUCCCUGAAUAAAGGCAGCAUCGUCGAGGCGGACGAAGUGACGACCAUCUACUUCACGACGAGUCAGCUGGGAACUCUGAUCGACGGACUCUAUGCCAAGGUGAUAGAGAGCACUUCGAGCACGAAGAUUGACGCAGACAAGAAGCUCCAGCUGAAACCGACGGAGGAGCGUCACCGAACGGGCCUCGUCAGGCUCAUAAAGGGACAAAUCGAGACCAACGGAUCAACGAUUGUCUACCAGUCGAAGGUGAUCGGCACGAAUAUCGAGGGAAGGUACGCCCAGAUCAUCGAGAGCACCUCAAGUUAUCUUCUGGGUUCCACCGACAGGAUCUCACCGACUGCGACUUCGUCAGCUGACGUUACGAAAGCCCCCGACGUGCUCGCGCCUUCUCCAGCUGUCAUUCAGUCUUCCAUACCGGAGAAUCACAGCAAUAACGAGGAUGAGGAUGAAAACGUGGAGGAGAACGAAGAAGAUGAGGAGGAGAAUGAGGAGGAGGGCGAGGACGACGAUGGCAAGACGAAGAAGAAAUCAAGGUUGACGUUCUCCAGUCGCAAGCGCACCUUUACCCCCGUCAUUCGUCCUUUCUUGUCCAGAAGCAGACCGACGUUCAACCCCAAGAGGAAGGGGGCGCAGGCUGCGACCACCAUCACCAGAACGGACAUCACUCCGACGAUAACAGCAACACUGGCUGGUACCAAAAGCAACAGAUUUGCAUCGUCGCGAGGAAGAGGAACGCCGUCGGCUGCAGCUGCUGGAGUUGUGAGCUCCUCGAGACGAUUCUCGGGGAGACGGGGCUCUAGCGUUCCGCCACAAGCGUCUUCGUCGAUUGCUGCCAACUCGAGAGGACGACAGUCAUCGCGAAUCGCUCCCUCUCCUACGUUCUCUGUAAACCGACGAGGUCCUAGCUCCAUUCGAGGAUCAUCAGCCAGACCGUUAAUCAGAGGAUCAUCAAGCUCAGGCUUCCCUGGGCCUUCCAGUAGAGGCUUCCGCGGGGGUAUCAGACCAUCAUCGACGCUUCCCAGAUCACCGCAGUCGGCGAAUCCAACGCAAUCGUACAGAACGGACGAUCAGGAGGACGAGGCCAACGAGUUCACUGCGACGACGUUCGUCACUGACGAGACACCUUACUCCACCAUCGACGAUGAGUUCGGCGAGACCAUUACAACGAUCCCAGUGAAGACGACGACCGAGUCCUCGAGGAGAUCUACCAAUCCUCUCUUGAGAUUCAGAAGACCGAAUCAGUUGUCUCGAGGACCUCCACCAACGCGAAGAACAACGACGACCCCCAAGCCGACGUCACCUGCGAGAGCCUCAAAUGCUCGGUCCCUCAAUGCUCCGCCAUUGAACAACAGAUUCCGUGGGAACAACCGAUUAUUCCCCCCUCGCAACUUCGUCAAUCAACCGACAACCGACCCUGACGGCGGAGAGUACGAGACUACCGAGGUGCCCGGCAUCACGGACAAGAACUUCGACGAUGAAAGACCAGUAGAAGAGAUUGUUGAUAAUGACUACGAAGGAUCGGAGAACAACAAGAGGAGACGAAUCGCCACGACGACGACGCCCGCGCCCCAGAGACAGGCCUACGGAAACAGAUUUGGCGGCCAAAGGAGAAGGGUCAGGCGUCAAGCGAGUCAGCUGCGGUCCUACCAGACCAACAGAUACAGAAGACCAGGGACACUGGCAUCCGCCGAGGACAGAUCGGACAUCGACACUUCGAGCAGCAAUGACGAGUCCCUAAAGACAAACCGAUCUCCCUUCAACGGUAGAACGCGACCUCUGACAUCGUCAGCCCGUCCGCUGCCCAAAACCAGCAGUGAGAAAUACUCGUCUGGGGAGUCUUCAGAGGCCUCCAAGUCCCGUCGCAGGCCGGCAAGCCCCCGGGUGAAGCCGACCCCAACGACAUCCUCAGGGCGGCAGUUCACCCUGCGCGAGAAAUCCCCGAGUAGUUACAAGAGAACGUCAGUAGCGUCUAAAGGGAACUUGAGGGGAUCGAACAGUCCACGGGUCAGAACUUCCACCAGAAGAACGGAUUCCGCGGAAUACCGGCGAGGCUCGACAUCGCGAGCCCCCACCAGAGCACGAAGCCCCAGCAGAAGAGUUACUCAGAGAGGCCGGGGAUCCAAAGAGGAUUAUUCUUACAAGGACGACGGGACCAUCACAGUGACUCACUACGUUCCCACCCAGGCGACGAUCCCAAUUUUCACGAAUGGCGUGACAGAGCACCGGAAUAUCAUCACCGCGAGUCCAAGUAUCGAAGUCCUGGGACCAGAGAGGUACAACACCGUCAACGGCGGGGAUGGCCUACCCCUCCUCGUGAUAGCGUCCGAGUCGUCCGCGGUGAACCUGAAUGGUCAGACGGAAGUAACGCGAUUCCUCCUCCACACAACUCCCACUAGUCGCGUGUCCCACACCUUAACGACAGUCAACGGAAGGAGAGUUUCACAGUCCCUGAUCGUUCCGUCGACGAUCUACUCAGUUGAGAACGUCGUGUCGACGAUUCCAGCAGCACUGCCGGGUGGCAACGCCCCCCUCGCCAAUAUCCUCCUGUCGCAAUUGCUUCUCGGACAGUUGGGCGGACAGAACGCACUACUCGGUCCGAACGGCGCCGGUGGCGCCGCCACGGACGUGACGCCAACCACCAGCUACAACACUAGAACCACGUCUUACGUGACUACAAUCACGAAGCAGAGGAGUACAGUUAUUCCCCUGACCUUUCGCGGAAAGGAGAUAUUCACGACCCUCACGGAUUCCUCCACCAAUGUCAUCACAGCAACAGAGUUUAUCACAGAUACAGUUGUGGUGACUCCAACCGCGGCUUUUCCAAACGCGAACUUAAACUCUCUUCUCUUGCUUCUUCAACAGCAGCCGCAGGCCUCGCAAUUCCCGCAACAGCCUCAGCUGCAAGAUCCCCUUUUCGCAGCGGCGCCGAUCUUCACACAGAGUAACUCUCUCCCUGGGGAGCUUGAACGAAGGUACCAACCUGCCGACCUGGACUACAGACCUGAGGAGGAGCCUUCCCUCGACGCUGAAGACUUCGACAAGCCGGUGAAACAGCGGGCGAAACUACAGAAAAAAGAGACCCUUGAAACGAGUGUCGUGACUCUCUACGUCUCCGGGAAGAGACCAGGGGAGUUCAGCACAAUUCUGUCGACAGUCAGAGUUGGCGAGGACUCGACAGCCUCCAGAAAGCGCAGGGACCUCAUUCAGGUUCAACCGUCGAUACCUCCAUCGCUAAUCGCCAAUUCCGGGGCGGAAUUGAGCAGGCUCAGCCCCAGCGAAGAGUCCAUCAACGCUCAUUCACCCACCCAGAGUCUUGAGAGCGUUGUGGGUGACUAUCCGAUUGAUGAGCUUGAUGCUGAUUUGGAUGACUAUCCUGGUGUUAGAAGGAAAGUUGUCAGAAUUCCGAUUGUCAGAACCACGGAAAAGCACAAGUACACGGUUGUGAGACGACGACCACUCGUUACCUACGCAAAACCAUCACCAGUCGCUGAGGAAAUUCAGCAGACUUCUGCCCCGAGACGGAUUGUCGUUACGAGGGUUCGCAGUUUGGCUGCUAGGUCUCGUUAUUUUUCGAACUACGACGCGAAUUAUUACGACGAACCUGGGGACUUUGACGUCCCUAAGAGGCACAAGGUGACUAUCACGAGGACGCGGAAACUGAAGCCGACGGCCAGGGUCGAGCCUAGGACGACGCCGAGGAGAGUCGUCAGGAAGAAGUUGGUUAAUGUGAGACCGAUUAUCACGCCGACUCCUACGUACGCUAUCAUCACCACUGGAUUCUAUGGGAUUUCCAGCUCUGUGGACAGCGAGGAGGACUACGAGAGUGAGGAUGAGACUGAGGGAACUACACCAGGAAGUGGUGAGAAUGACGGUCGGUUGGUUAAUGACAUCGAUGAGACUGCGAAGGUUCCUCUCGAAGCCAGCAGAGAAAUCGGGCAGACUGAAGAAGGAAAGGCUGAAGAUAUUGCGAGCACAACUGAGAGUACUCCAGUCAUCAUCACCGACCACUUCUUCUUCCCCGCUUCAGACGACGAAGACGAGGAUUAUGGAGAGGAUGAAGACGUGAAGUCCCCUGAACAAACUACCUUGAGUAACGAUCAAAUUCUGGAGGAGAAGACUACUCUCAAGCCUGUCGAAGUGGUUUCUGAAGAUUCGGUUACUGCGAGAACAACGGAGAGCGUUUCAGAAGAAACUACGGCUCUUGGAGUUGAAGAAUCUGAAGAACAAACAACGGUGAAGGUUGUUGAAGACCAAACUUCACCUCCGGAGAUCGAAGAAGAAUCGUCUAAAGGGGAUGAAGAGCAAACUUUACCUCCGGAAGUCAAAGAAGAAUCGUCUAAAGAGGAUGAAGACCAAACUUUACCUCCGGAAGUCAAAGAAGAAUCGUCUAAAGAGAAUGAAGACCAAACUUUACCUCCGGAAGUCAAAAAGGAAUCGUUUAAAGAGGAUGAAGAGCAGACUUCACGUCCGGAAGUCAAAGAGGAAUCCUCCAAAGAGGAUGAAGAGCAAACUUUACCUCCGGAAGUCAAAGAUGAAUCAUCUGAAGAGAAUGGAGAACAGCAAGGAGACCACCAGCAAGGAGGAAACGAAGAAGGAAAAGAAGUUGAAAAAGAAUCGCAGGAAGACCUUCCAACAACAACAGAACUGACGAUUGAGGACUCCCUAGAGCCCUCGCCAUCCCCAGACCCCCCAGAGUCAACAUUCUCCAACGAUUCCGUUUCAUCAUCAACGACAGAAUCUUCUGAUGAUCUGACAGUGAUCCCCCUCGAGUCCUCCCUCGAAAUCUCGCCCACAUCGACCCUCGAUUCUGAAAUCCUCACCGUAAUCCCUCUCGAGUCCCUCAUCUCCCUUACGGAAGAGAUAACUCCAACAUCGACAAUUAGACCACCCGACGCAUCCCCAAACACGACAACCGUUGUCUCCUCCUCCCCCACCCCCGAGGAAAUUGAGGCUGGCCUCUCCGACGAGCUCUACCUCUCCCUCUCGCGCCUCAAUAUCCCCGAUAUAUCGUCCUCUCGGGAUGUUGAAGUAGAGGAGAAAGGCGUCGAGGCGACACCGACAGUUGUCUUCUCAGAAACUAUUGUCACAUCCACUCGUUUGAGGACUUACACUUAUGUUGUGACGAAAUUGAAUGGACUGGAGACCGAGGUGACCUCCUCCACGACAGUCAGACCUCGCGUUACGACACUGACACUCACUGUCCCCAUAACAAUUACCCCUUCCACCAACGUGGAUUCCACGAGCUCCAGGACCAUUAUGACUGAUCAUUUGGAAAUUGCAGGAAAUUCUAAUGUAGAAUUUAAAAUGCCGGAAGAGGGUGAGGGUAGACGCCUCAACCUGGCGACUAGGAUUAUGUCCAAUGGGGUGGAGGUAAUUGUCGCUGGGCCAACGCCGGCCUUACGAUGGGAGAAUUCCAAUCCUCAGCCGACGUUGACCCUCUCGGAUGCUGUGGUCAUGAUGAUGCCUCAGGAGGAUCCUAAUGAAUUCGUUACGAAAACCUGCACAACAACUUUCACGUAUUUAAAUACAAUAACGAAGGAUGGAACGACAAUUGUGUCGACCGAUCAACAGGUGGUAGCAAACACAGCAACAGAGGAGCGUCACCGAAAGCCGGGUUCUGAGUCGGCUGCAGUGACCCUAGAAGCCUCUCCCACUUUGAGAACAGAGGUCUUCAAAACCACCUACACAUACCUGACCCUCAACGCAGAGCAUCCCAACGCGGAUGAUGCCCUUGGGAGCAGUCAGAAGGUGAUUGCCAAUACAGUGACAGCACCCCAGCACUACCUGGAUAUGAUUCUGGAGCCCUCAGAGUCGCAUUCACCAGCUCAAACGAAUACUUAUCUCAGCACCAGGCUUCUCGAGAAGACAUUCGUCGAGGAUGGGGUGACGAAAAUAGCGACAAUGAGUGAUACCAUUACUCGAUUAAUUAUCACCGAGUCGGCGCCCCCUCCGCCCCGUCCGACCAGCGUCACCACGACCUUGACCGCCCUGGACAGCCCCGAGGACUCCCUAACCGACAUCAUGAAGACCUACUACAUCACCUACACCUACGCCAACACGUACCUCGAGAAAGGGACGCCUGUGGUCCGCACCAACGUGGCGACCUCCACCGACGUCACCGUGGAGAAGGUCCCGAAGAAGACGUCGGCCCCUCAGGAUGCGUCCCCAAUGACCUCCACAGCGAACUCAGACCCCAUCAAGAUUUUCGCCACGAAGACCUACCUGACGACCUUCACCUACUUCACGACCCUCCUCCAGGCGGGAGCGGACGGCGAAACCUCCACGACGAUUUCCUCCCGCUCCCACGUGGUGGAGAACGUCGUCACCGAGUCGAUCGCCCCGAGUCUGCUCAACUCUGGGUACAUGAAUCUGUUGACGACGACUCAUCGGUCAGACCCGGUGCAGAACAUCGUCACGGGGUCCACGAUAAUCUUCUUCGAUGACGAGGACCAGAUCUAUCCGUCGUCUACUACUAGCCAUCCGGCGCCCUCGGCUUCAAAAAAGAAAAAAAAUCAUGAAAAACGUUUCACUUUUCGUGUCUCCCCAGAGGACUCUGGUUCGAACCCCGGCGUAAAUCCAGACCCCGAUACCGACAAAACCGACGACAUGGAAGACUCCGAAGUGAGUGCCUCCGAGACGGACGAGGUCCAGUCCGACCUGGAAGACGGUCCGGAGCGUCCCGUAUCCGGUCUCCUGAGCCUAGGCUCCCUCGGGAUCAACGGCCUGUCCGCCCUCGGUCCCGUGAUAACCGCGAUGGCGGGUCUUCUCCAGGGAAAGCCGUCCCCCCCCAACCGCCGGAACGACACGGCCCUCCCGACGACCGCACCCCCACCGCCAAGCGAAAACGGAAACGCGAAUGCAAACGUUAACGGUAAUAUCAAUCACUUGAGCCAAAUAACAACCCAGCGGUCCCCGAUCUACAUCCCCGUCUCGGAAUUCGCGGACGGGGACAUCGAGGCAGCGGAGAGUCAGAACAUAGUCACCCAAUUAUCAAACCCCAACUUCAUCCCGGAGACGAGGCACAAAGUGGCCGCGAGUCUGGUCGACGGGAUCCCGAUAUCCCCAGGCGAGAUAAUAACCGCGAACAGUGACGUCAUCAUCGGAAAGCCGGGAAAGCUCUCGCCGCGCCCCCCGCAGACGUACGAGGACAGCGGGGAGGUGGGUGGUCUGAAGCCCCCGCCGGUAUCAGUGCCAAACAUCCCAGUGCACCCAGUCCUCGAGGUCCUGAGGGACGAGGACGAGCCCAAGCCGUACCCCUCCCUCCCCCAGAAGAAGAUCUCUGACUUCCUGACGAAGAAAACCCCCCCGCGAACAUCCUCAAAGCACGAUAUCCUGGAGAACGAUCCCCUGCUACGACCCCCAGGUCGACCGAACAUUGAGAAAUACGCGAACCCCAACAUAAACCACAAGGAGCCCCAGUGGCUGUCCGAUAAAUCGCGGAAGCCCUGGAGCUCCAAGGACCCGAUAAUCCUGCCGCCUCCCCCGCCCUCGGCGCCCCCGACCCCGUCGAGAAUCGACAGUCUUCCCCACGUGUACCACCGCCCGGAGGAGGGGUCAAGGCCGCCGUGGGCGCAGAAGGAUCCGAUCGUGACUGUAGAAACUUUAGAGAGCUAUUCUCACGGCGAGCAAAUUGCGACUAAACGCCCGGAGUCGCCCGAGUCCUCUGAGCCGAUAAUCCACCAGGUGCCCCACGUGAUCGACAGGUCGACGGGGCAGCCCCUCCUGGUGAACAUCCAGCCGAGUCAAGUGGCCAACGUCGUCAUCCCCCAGGGAGGAACACAAGCCCUGAUAUUCGGGGACACGAGUGAACCGCACAUCAGUGGACAGUACUUCGACGAUCCCUCGCCGUACCCCGAGCCCGAGGUGGGUCCGGGCAUCGAUAAACUCGAGGACAACCUCUCGCACUACAUGCUGCCCCCUCCCAACCCCUCGGGGAGCUUCAAGCUUCCUGGGAAUAACUUCGUCCACACGAUACCGAUCUCAAACUCGAAGAUCCAGGGGAAUUUCUACGACAUCGUCAAGCCGGAGAAGACGCCCUCUGACAUUAGAUUGAUCCAGCGCCCGGACAUCCAUGGCCAGAGCCAGGGGCACGUGCACACGGAGAUCCUAGUGCACCAUUCGCCCGACAACCUGCACUUGAGGCAAACACCCCAGGGAAAUCAGAACCAGAUCAGUCAGGGCUCGAUUUACGUGGAUUUGUCGCCUCCCCCGCCCCCCAGGAUGGACUACCACAAGCCUCCGGUGAACAUCGAGCACCUGCCCCCCAGGAGGAGCGAGCCACCGACCCUGGAGUACCCUACCCACAACUUCCACAGGUACAACUACCACAGCCACGAGAAGCAGAUCAACAAGACGUUGGAGAACGAGGUCCUGAAGCAGAAGUGGAAGAGCGACAGGCACAAGACUCGAUUGCAGCACCGUCCGAGGCCUGCGGUAGUCAGGAGGCCUUACCCACCUCACGGCCCCAAGAUCAAGUUCCCCGGGAGGCCACAGCCGCCGAAAUAUCCGCAGGUUCCCAUCGAGAACCUCCACAAAUUGGGCAGUAAUAAUAAUAAAGAGACUCAGGAGAAUCUGCCGACUGGGGCGAUUGGCUACCAGCACCCCUUGACCCACAUUCACCACCACCACCAUCACGUGGUGCACCCGCAGCAGCCCCAAGUGGUGCAGCUACCUCCGGACAUCAGUCCCCCAGAGAUCCAGAGUUUCGGGCAGAUUCUGCCACCUGAGAAUGAGCCUGAGAACUGGUCUGGCACGCAGACGGAGAAGACGAUCGACUCUGCGGCGGAGGAGUCUGAAGACAGGCCGAUGGAGUACUACAGUGGGGCGGGAGGACAGGAAGGACAACAGGAGGUUCAAGGAAAUCAGGAGAUUUAUCAAGAAGAACAGCAGGGACAGAGACAAGAACAGGAACAGGAGCAAACGUCUUCCCCUGCUCCAGUCCUCCAGAUCGAGGAGAGUCAUAUGGUGACUCCAGAGGAAUCUCCAUCGACUGAAGUGUCUGCUGGUGAAGGAUCGAACACACAAUCAGACUUCUACGAUUACGAGGUCCAGGUGCCUCCGGGAAGCCAGGAGGCUCCCACAAUUCAUGAAGACGAUGAACGUCAGGAACACGAAGACUCCCCCGAUGACCAAGGCCACGAAGACCGUCAUCAGGACCACGUGGAGCAUCCCCAGGAGCCCCCGACGGACGCCCCCGACUACGAAGUGAUCGAGGGAGUUCCAGUCCCCCAAUUCGACUCCAAGCCUUCCUACGAAUUCCCCCCUGACGACACCAUCGACCUGAAGCCCCCGGCGGAGCCUCCAAGAAGGACAUCCUCAGAUCACCCCGAGGACUCCAUCCAGACCUACCCGGAGCCGCCCCCGCCCGGAGGUCACGCUCGCCCGCCGUCUCACUGGGGCGACGAGAGUCAGCCGACGUACCCGACCCGCAAGAACCUGACGCAAGUCCCCCCGACGUACUUGAGCGCUCACCCGAGCCCUCCGCCGAAUCCCCCAGCGAACAAGAAGUACGUCAACACCGAGGUCCUGAGGAAGCCAGAGCAGUCAGCGAACCUAGCGCCCCGCCCACACCCGGCUUACCCGUACAUCAUCACGAAGCCCCCGGGCGUCCCCCGCCCCGUGAUGAUCUCCUCGGACUCCACCAAGAGCAACCCGGAACUCCCCAAGGACCGCAGGCCCCCGCGACCCAUCGUGAUGCCGGCGAUGCACAUCAACAAGGAGAAGGCCCCGGAGACCCUGGAGACCGCCUUCCAGACGAACUUCGCGUCCGCCGACGACGACGCCCUCCACGUUCCCCAGUUACCGAAGACCCAGCACCAGCAGAAGCAGCAGAGCCACCACAGGGUCGACUCGAAGGUCCCCUCCGAGGACAUGAUGCCCCCGCCGCAGGUGAAGCCCCUCCAGGAGGCGAAGAACCCUGAGGAUGACGACCUCAAACCUCCACCAGCUGACACUGGGGUCCUGGGCAUGUCGCCCCCGCCGGUCUCGCUGACGUCAGCCAACGGGCGGCCGCCCCCCAAGUACAUUCCCCUGAAGGACACCAACAAGGUCGUCGGGGAAACACCACCCCCUCCCCCNCCGAGUUACUCGAUGGUGCCCCCGACGUACCCGAGGCCGACCAAGUCCCGUCCCUUCCUGGUGCAGCUGCUCUCCCAGGACAUGGUGCCGCCACCACCCGCGAUCGAGUCCUCGAGGAUUGAGAUCGCGACCGUGAGACCCGCGAUCGCGGUCUCGGGGUCCAUUCAGAUCGGGACGGCUGUUGCCACGAGCCACAUCCCGGUGAUGCAGGACGUCGAGUCGACGAUUCCAAUCGUCCACGGGACUGUGGAUCUGCCGGUUGUCGUCGACGUGUCUGAUCUCAUGAAGACGAUUACGGAGACCAGGAAGCCGGAGCUGAUCAGUGUCUACACGGUGCGGCCCUUCGAAACGAGGCAGAUGGCGUCGAAGGUGUCGGUCCAGCCGACGCAGAUCCUGACGACCCUGGUGAUGCCGACGAGGAUCAGGACGUCGCCGAGCCACCGGGAGACGCACAAGAAGAUCACCGCGUCAUCGGCGAGGCCGCAGGUGCACAUCACGAGGGUGAACCCGGCGUUCGGUCGGAAGUCGGUGAUCCUCGAGGGGAGUCGUCACACCGUCGCCCCCAGGAUCUCGCCGACGCCGACGAAGUCCCUGAACCACUUCGCGUCCAACUCCACCACCUCCAGGAUCGUCGAUAUCACGUCGGUGCGACGAGGGUCGUCCACCCAGGUCCACGUCGACAGCUUCACGGAGAUGAAGCCCAAGGCGGUGACUCACUUCAAGACAUUAACGGUCACCCGGACGGAGACGUCCGUCGUGGGGUCGCCCCCGACGACGCGGACCCUCCUCCUGACGAGCACGAUAACGUCGACGAUCGUGGAGACCGUCACGGAGACGCUGCUGCGGCCGACGAGUGUUGUCGUCACCUCGGUGACGACUGUCCUCCAGCCGGCGCAGUCCACCGCGAGUGUCUACGACACCUACAACUCCCCAGACAACCUCGACUCGAUCUUCGUGGUGAUGUCGGACCAGAACCCACCGUCACCGGGGGCUGAGGAAGUGGAGGCCGAGUACGGCAGCGAGGAGGAGGUCUCCCGGGAUGAGCAGGACGCAGGGGGCAAUGAGAUCCACAGGGUCCUGUCAGGAGGCAUCCUCGGGGCGCCGGUGGUACCGUCGGUCUCGCACCCCCCGAACCCCCGGGAAUGCAAGCCCGAGUGUCGAGGGUUCAAGUCCGAGGUGUGCGCCACGGUGGCGGGUAACCCGCGAUGCGUCUGCCGGCCAGGGUUCGCCAGGAUGUUCCCGGAUCGCCCCUGCAAGCCGACGUACACGUACACCAUGAAACUCCCCCUGGAGCGGGUUGGAAGGGAGGAGAUCAAGUACGAGAAGAUGGGGCUGAACAACACGUCGUCGUCAGGGUUCAAGCGGCUGCUGUCGUCCACCCGAGAAGCCCUGGACCGCACGCUGAUGCAGAGCGAUCUGAGGGACAUCUACAGGGGCGUCGUCAUCACCAGGUUCCACAAGUCCGAGGAUCACCCCGCGGAGGUUGAGUUCCACGUGCAGUUGACGGACAACGCGCACGAGACCACCCUGAAGGAGACCAUGAAGAAGUACCUGAUGUCGAGUAACUACUCCUUGGGGGGAACCCACGUCUUCGCGUCGCCGAACCUCGCGAUGAUCGACGCCCGGGACUUCGACGAGUGCUCCACCGAGGAAGGCGGCCCCCACCACGACUGCUCGCCUCAUGCCGCUUGCUUCAACAUCCGGGGGUCCUACCAGUGCUCUUGCAGGGAGGGGUGGGCAGACUUGUCGGAGAACCCGUCGUACCCUGGGAGGAUGUGCUCGCAGGCGCCGCUGGGCUGCCCCAGGUGCAACAACAAGGGAAAUUGCAUCGGUAAUUCCUACGGGCAGGAGGUCUGCGAGUGCUUCCCCUGGCACAGCGGUCAGCGCUGCCAGGUGAACCUGAAGGUCCUGCUGAUAGCGCUGGUCACCACUGGGGCCAUUCUCCUGGGGCUGUUGGGGGUGUGUCUCGCCCUCGCCUGCUUCAGGGCCCCGAGGCUGUCCGCGCAUAAGUUGAAGAAGGGGAGGCUAUCCGGGGAUAAACGCGCGAUGAUUUCGAGUGGGAAUGGAGGGGAUACCAGUAGUGAAGGGAGUGUGACGGAUCUGGCGAUUCCUCAUCAUGUACCGCAUGUUCUGCCGCCUCCUCCGAGGGCUAAUGCCCCGGUGCCGCCGCUACCACCGGCUCCGCCGAAGGAGCAGAAGGCGGGAAAGGGUAGGCAUAAUUACGCUAAACAUCAUCAGAACAAGUAUCCUGGGGAGGUGGGGGGAGAGGACCAGAGGGGACUGAGUGUCAUGAUUCCCAGGGCCAAGUACAGGUCGAUGGGCCAGGGGCAGUACAAACAGCCCAUCACGUCGUUUUCAGCUGAUGAACACAAGUUGAUUAGUUAUCUUGAGGGGAGUAACAGGAAACAGAGUCUGGCUAGCACGACGAAGGAGUUCUUGAAGAGGGACUUCGAGGAGUCGACGAUCAGGGUCGUCCGGAGUCCUCCGAAUAACGGAGCUCUGGUGAGUGCUGGGUUCCAGGUGUCGGCGACGGUUACUAGGGCGGCUGAUGACGAUUCGACCAUUGGGGAGGGCACCCUCGAGCCCUCCACCCUGAAGACGUUGAGGAGUGCGGAUUAUCAGGACGGAACGUCGACCCUGGCUAGGUCCUGCGAGGGCACCACUAUUCAGGCGACGACGAAACUUAUCAGACUGGAUCUGGCGGAGGACGAUGGAGAAAACUCGGGGAAACAGAAUAGCCGGGGGUCUAAGGACACUAGGGAUGCCAGGGACAGCGCCAGUGAGGGACCCAUCACAGCGGAGAGGGACCUGGGGAGCACGCUGAGACUACGGCAUACGCCGUUGUAUAAUCCAGACAGAGUCAGCGAUCGUGACUCUAACUUUGAUUCGCUGUGAGAGUCAACUGUAUUCGUUGUUGCCAAAUAAUUGUAUUAGAGAAAAUUGCAAAGAAAAAGAAGAAAAAAACACAAAUGGACGAAUAAUGUUUAUAGAGAGCCUUCGUGCUUCAUAAUAUGGUAUUAUGAAUCGCCGAAGCGCCGGCCAUAACUAAAGACAAUAUCUGAGAGAGUACCACACUCUGGUCAUCUGUACGACGCCUAUUUAUUUAUGUCAUUGUUACAAAUAUAUAUAUAUAGAUGUAUGAAUUUUUAUACUAAUUGGGCUCAGUACGAUGCGGUUAACAAUUGUGUCACACAUUUUCGUGCCAAAACUUACAUAUAAUGUUAAUGAAAAUGAAUAGAAAUGUUCAAUUUCAGUGAAAAUUGUCAUUACAGAGAUGGAGAUAUCAUCGCGUGGACGGGAAAAUGAUUAAAAUCUUGUUAUUGUUAUAAUUCUAAAACCUAAAUUAAUUGUUUAUUCGAGUCGUCUCAUGUUGCUCAGCUUCGUACACAUGUUUUAUCGGAUAUUUUUAUUUCUAAAUCUAUUGUUCAACGAAACUGCGCAACGUCAUUAUCGCGACUUUAAUUAAAAAUGGGGGAGGACAAGUGGUUUGAUUGUUUCAAUCGUUUUUAUUUUCAUUGUAAAAUAACAAAUGAGGAACACUAGGUGAAUUAUUGUCAUUUUUUCUUGAUUCAUCAUUGAGAGUGAGGUAUUGAUUAUUAAUGCAAUUAACAUGAGGUUAAAAUUCAACUAAAGAUUGUGCUAAUUUGAGUUAACUCAGCAGUUAGUGGGUUAAUGAUGCAUACGGUAGGUGUGUAUGUGUCGUUUUUACAUUGAUAUUAUUAAUCGAUAAUCGGUAAAACGAUUCAUUUUCUUUUGUACAUAUUGAGUAUGGUUAAGUCUCUAUUGAUAAUUAUUGUAUUUUUAUUGUUUUAUCAGGAGAUUAGACAUGUAAUUGUU